UGUCAUGCUAGUAUCUACCCGGAAGACAAUUCUGGAGCCAAGACUGUUAUUUCAGGUGCAGUUUCCCACCCUCACUCAAAAGUACCACAGAGUCAAAUGAAGGAAGUUCUUAAUCGAAUUGGUGAACGUCAGCCACCGAAUGACCGCCUGUUGGCUGUCAACGGGACAGUAAUUCCAUCGACAAAUGUGAGUACAUGUAAACAG